AGCAUGAGACGCUCCUAUAGUCUCUGGGCUGCGGUACUGGCGCAGGCCUGGCUGGCGGGGCAGACCUUCAUGAAGACGCUGGGCAUGCUCACGGGGGUCAGCUAUGUCUCAGGCAUCGACUACUAUAGAGGAAUUAACGAGCGAAUUGCGAAGUUGUUGCCAAAGGGGAACAUUAUGGCCAAGAACUCUGAGAUGGUGAUCGUUUCAGUGGAUUGUGAUGAAUAUGUGCGGCUCCUCACAGAGAACGAUACGCCGGGCGUGCAGGAGUACCUCGCUUCUGGGGUGGCGAAGCUGGACCGCGCCGGGGUGGACUUCCUGGUCAUCGCGUCCAACACUGCGCACAUUUGCUACAGCUUGGUGCGCGAGCGCUUUCCGCGUUUGCCUGUCCUGCACAUUGCCGAUUGCUUGGCCGCGGCCAUCGGCCGUGGCGCGACUGUAGGCCUACUGGGCACGGAGCCGACCAUGCGAGAUGGCUCCUGGUUGAAGGAGCGGCUCGCCCAGCAUGGCGUUCAGGUCAUCGUGCCACAGGAGGAGGAGCAAAGGCAGCGGUGUUACAAGAUCAUUUGUGACGAGCUUAGCUUCGAGAUCUUCAAGGAGGAGUCCCGAAGCUUCCUGGGCAGCCUCUCGCGGCAGCUGAAAGCGCAGGGCGCCUCUGGUGUGAUCCUGGGCUGUACCGAGCUGGAGCUGCUGCUGCGCCAGGAGGAUGUGCCAGAGGUGCUGCUCUUCCGAUCCGCGGAGCUGCAUAUGGACGCGGCAGCCAAGGUCCAGGCUGGGGAGAAGAGCAUCGAGGAGUUUUUGCCGAGUGAGCCCUGAGCGCGAGCUUCGCGAGACCUGCGCUAACGGCGUGAUUUCUGCGGGCAAGAGGGCUACUUACGUCCGUGUCGAACCCGAGAUGGCGGACAAUCAGAUGCGAGGGCCGAGACGGACCUGCUGCGCUGAGGUGAAAGACGUGGCGUUUUUGGAAGCU